CCGCCACUGAGCGAGCGUCCAUGCAUACAUAUGUCCAUGCCUAGCCAUCUACGCCUAUAUUCUUGGGCUCUACGCCUUCUUGGGCUUGGUCCUUCUCUCAGCCCUCGGGGGGCUGGCUGCCCCCUCCUUGUCUCCUUCUGGCUUGAUGGCCAGGGGCGGCACACACGACAGACAGUGGGACAUGACAAACCACCCAAAGAGGACCAGCGCCACCACCACCGUCUUGGCCUGCUCCGACUGCCCAAACAGCCGUUGCUUGAGCUGAAACUGCAGCGUCUGCACUAUGGUGGCAGCCGUCAGCAGCAGGACACCACCCAGGCCCGUCAGCUGGCUGCUGAGGGACGAGUUGAGCGACCCCAGCCGCAUGAUAGCCGCCAUUGUGGCCAGCUCGUGUGUCAAGAGCUGCACAGCCAUUCCCCAGGCCAUGUUGGUCCUUCGAGCCUCCAGUACUUGGUAGGCGAGGAGGCAGCAGGGAACGAGGGGCAGCAGGAAGCCACAGAGGUACUGAACGAGCGAGGCGCCUCUCUUGCGGUCGGCCCAGAAGGCGUAGGCCACUGGAGCAACAGAGAGGCUGUGCAGCACCGAUGCGAUGACCAGCCAGAACUUGACACUGUCGUGCUUGCUCGUAUGCUUCUCGCCACUCCUCUCCAUAGCGCAGCUGGCGCCUGUGGCGAGCAGCAGUCCCACGAUGAGCGAGGUGGUGAACACGAUGGGCAGGUUGACUAAGAUGCCUCUUUGCCCGGCGGCCUGGUGCAGCAGCCACUGGCGCCGCUGGCUGUUGAACACCAACACCGCCAUGACGCACAGCAGCAGCGUCGGUGCGCACCGGAGGAUGUAAGGGGCCCACCAGUAGGCCGGAUCUUUUAGUACCUCGAAGCCACGGUGGUUCUUGUUCACCCGCUGGUAGAUGUACACGGCCUGGCACCACACACACACGCACGCACACACACGCAGAGAGAGAGAGGUGUGUCAUCUGCACUCAGCACUGGCUGCCUGCACUGAGAAGGCCGCUUACAAUGGCCAUGAGAGCGUAUAUGCCGGCUCUCCUUUCAUUUUGUCCCGAGAGGACCUCUUCUGCGUGCAGGCGACUGGCCACCGACCCUGCUGAGGGCUGCGAUGCACCCUGGGUCGGCUGAGAUGCACCUGUUGCCUCACCCCUCGGCUUCUCGGAUGUCAUGUCCCAAAGCCCUUUUUUCACAGGCUGUUCAGUGUCCCGCUGUGAACACAGCUGUUGCUGCGGAAGGACGAGCGCUGCAAGGGAGAUGCGCUUUCUGGGCUCCUGGAGAAGCGAGCUUCUUAGCGAAGGGCAUCGCAU